UAAUUAUAUGCCAUAUGUACAGUUACAAAGAUGUCCAGAAACGGUAAAUCAUUUCUUAAGCCCGGCGGCUUAGUCCAGAAGAUGACGAAAUAUGAGAAGGAUAGGAAAAAAACAAUCCAGAAAAAUAAAAUCAGAUUUGAUGCUCUAGGGAUAAAGUCCCUCAAGAAUUCAAUGUUUGGUUCUAUUGAAAAGGACAAUAGUGAAAGUUGUAGGGUGGGAAAGAGAAAGGUGGGCGAAACUGAUAAUGACGAGGACUAUCAACCACUUGAUGAUGAUGAAGGACUGAGUUCUUCAAGUGAUAAUGGCGAGCCUUUUGAUUCUCAAGUGAUUAAGGAUAUUCAUAUGGGUCCCGGUAGGAAAACAAAUAGGUGUGCAGCUCGCCUAAUAGCUUCACAAAUACCUAGGGAAAAGAGAACUACUGUUGAUGAAGAUACACUUACUCUUCCGAGACGACCUGUAACUGCACAAGUUAAUCAUUCAGAGAGCACACCUGAGGUCUCGACCCAACCUAUCCAUCUUCCCGCCUUACAUACUAGGCCCGAUCAGCUCCCUACCUCCGCCACUCAACCUAACCACCUUUCAAGUCCAUGUAUUGUGACUAACAGUGGAGCAUCAAUUCCAGUUUUGGGCAAGAAACGUGUACGAGGACCGACCCGAGGAAAGAAUGUUGAGAAGAUUAGAAAGGAACGUGGUGAUCGAAUACCCGUUACACUUAACCGUUUGACCAAAGCAAUAGAAGGGGAAUACGCCACACCGCUAGCAGCUGCUCUUGGUCAACAAAUUCGAGUUCAUGCCCCAGUUCGAAAUGAUGGAUGGCUAGAAAUUGCCUUUGGGUUAAGAGAGUCCAUUGUUACAAGAGUUGGGCAAACUUUUGACUUUGGGGACUACAAUAAUGAUGUGGAUGUGAGAUGUAUUAUUGAUCAUAAGUGCCAAACUUUGUACAGUGAAUGGAAAAGUAGAUUACACACACACUACAAAUCCCUUAAAGAAAACAAUGUAUCUGACCUCAAAAGUCAGAUACUAUAUCCUUGUACAAAGGAUGAUUGGGAAUGGAUGAUUGACAAUUUGUGGGAAACUGAUGAUUGGAAGGUAAAGUCAGAGAAUGCGAUGAAAGCGAGAGGUUGUGUGAAGUAUAAUCAUACGAGUGGCUCGAGAUCAUUUGCAUCGCGAGCAUCUAUCAUUGUACAAGGAAGCAAACCGACUAUUACGAAACUAUUCGAGGACACCCACAAACGUCACCGACAUGGGGGAGUGUGGAUAAAUAACACAGCUGAGGAACAUCAUGCCACUAUGGUUUCAAAGAUCGCUGAGCAAUCUCAACCUAGUGUCACACAUCCAUUGUCUGAGGAGCAGAUUUC